AUGCCAAAUAUUGUGUUAAUCCUUAUUAGUCUUCUUGCCACUGGAUGGACACUCGUCCACGCUGGUGAACCAAGCCCGCUUCAAGAUUUCUGCGUGGCCGACUUCGAUAGUACAGUGAGAGUGAAUGGUCAUGCAUGUCUAGACCCUAAAAAGGUAACAGCAGAUCACUUCUUCUUCGAAGGGCUACAUAAACCUGGAAACACAUCAAAUCCCUUGGGGUCCUUCGUAAACCGGCCGACCGUGAAUGAAAUUCCCGGCCUCAACACUCUAGGCAUAUCCACCGUACGAGUCGAUUAUGCACCACGUGGCGUUGUUCCUCCCCAUCGACACCCUCGGGCUUCGGAAAUUUUGACAGUGUUGGAGGGGAAAGUACUUGUCGGAUUCGUCACCUCGGAUCCAGAAAACAAGCUGUUUAUGAAAGUUGUUAAAAAGGGUGAUGUUUUUACCUUCCCAUUUGGGCUUAUCCACUUUCAACAAAAUGUUGGGGAUGGGAAUGCCGUGACUAUUGCCUUCUUGAGCAGCCAGAAUCCGGGUGUCAUUCCCAUUGCUAAUACAGUUUUUGGAUCAAAUCCAUCUAUUAAUGAUGAUUUACUGGCCAAGGCCUUCCGAGUCGACAAAUCGAUCAUCCGUAAUCUCAAAUCACCGUACUAA